UCUCCUUAGCCGGCUGUUAUGGCACUAGGUAUUUUAUUAUUUUGUUUGAGGACGGUCUUAUUAACUGGAAAUUACUUAACAUGCUCCGAGGAAUGAUCCAAAGGACCUGCCUGGCGAUUGCCAGCACCGCACAAACUUUAAUAGUGCGGGAUAAGCACGUUUUCAAUCGUGCUGUGCUAAAACCAAAAGUUCGUUGCCAUUUCCCGAAGCCCAUGGAAGUAAAGAGAAUAAAUGUCCACGGCUGGAAUACAAGAAUGUCCACGCCGGAAGGACGUCGCGUGCUGAUGAACAGGAUCCUCAAGGGCCGCCACGUUUUGUCCCACUAGCAUUUUCUUAAUAAACCUCAUUUUAUUUACAA